AAACGGUAAGCGGGGUGGAGAUAUACUAGGUGCCAAGAGCGGAUAUGGCGGGGCAGUUUUUCCGAUGCGCGAAACAAACAACGCGCACUGCUAAAGUCUACAAGUUCAAGGUGCAAUGGCGGACGUAGCUAAAGCCGGGAGCGAGCCCGCGACAAACCCGCGGGGCAUCCCUGUGGCUCCAUUCAUCGACAGAGUAGAAGAUUAUGUGACCGAUCGCUCCGAAGUGGAAUCCACCAUCAACAACUUCAAAGAGAUGAUCUCAAAAUACCAAUUCAUGCAGCAAAACACACAAAGACGAGCUGCCGGUCUCAAAGACAAGAUCCCCGAUAUCCAAAAGACACUCGAAACAGUCCGCUUCCUCAAGUCGCGAAAGGACGAUGCUGAACCGCUGGAGACAACGUUCGAACUAAACGAUACGCUCUACGCGAAAGCAGAGGUCCCGCCUACAGAUGAAGUGUAUCUCUGGCUUGGCGCAAACGUUAUGCUCGCGUACCCCAUACCUGAGGCGGAGGAGCUGCUGCAAUCGAAGUUGGCCACGGCACGACACAGCUUGAGUACUUGUGAAGAGGAUUUGGAUUUCUUGCGUGAACAAAUUACGACGCUUGAAGUUGCAUUCGCACGUGUGUACAAUUGGGAUGUUGCGCAGCGGAGGAAGGAGAGGGAAGGGGGGGAGUCGAUAGAGGACAAGAAGCGUGGAUCACCUAAUGGAUAAAUGCCUGGGGAGUCGUACCCUUGUGUCCAGUCCUUGAGGUUAUGUGAAAAGGAUUUGAAAAGUUAGCAUCAGCAUGAGACGAAGAAAUGAAAAACAUAAGACGAUCCU